AUGUUUAUGCUCCGCAACGUGGGCAAGUUUCUCUUCGGUGAUACUUCCAAAGAGUCUAUUAUCGAAAUCCCCCAGGGCCAGCUCUAUCUGGUCCGACCCCUGUCUCCCAAGGGCUAUUCGGAGCUUAUUUUCAAGGACGCCGCGGCGACGAUCCGACGCACUGGCCAAGAGUUCCAGUACCAACUCGUGAUCCAACGAGCCUACGAAGAGGGCGAGGAGGAGCUUGCGGACGACGAAGACGAACAGGGUGUGGCGGAUAGUUUGGAUAAGGACGAGAAAGUGUUCUUGCUCGACCAGACUCUGCACUUCCGCUCCGAGGUUCGUGAGGGCGGCAAGAUCCUCGCUUGGGACGAUCUCAGCGGCGACGAGGGUGAUCUUUUCGAGUUCAUCUGUGACCCUUCCGUCCCAUCUGACAAAGUUGCCACGUUCGAGCUUGCCGCUCUGCAGUGCCAAUACGAGCGCAAGUUCCGUCACAGCGCCCAGAAGGCUACUGAGGACGAGUUGCAAGAAUUCGCUUAUCAAGAGGAGAAGCCUAUCCCAUCUGCGAGCCCCAUAUCCUCUCCUACCACCAAGUCACCCGAGCGCGUCGUCACGUCAGGUGACUCCGCAGCCGCUAUGGCACGAGAUGUGAAGUACGCGCAGUCGAAGGGGAAGGUCAAGUCAGCUGCACCCGAUGAGGAGCCGACUACUGCCCCGCCUUCUGCUGCUCAGCCCGAGUCUAAGGAGAUCCUCGCAAAGGAGAAAGCCGAACUUCACAUGUUUGACUUUCCCUCUGGAACUUUUGUCCUUCAAGAUCCUGAGAUCGUCGCGACCGUUUCGGAAAUUGGCAACUGGCAGUAUUGGCUGCAGAUCAGUGGCAAGGAUAAGGAUUGGCUGGGCCAGGCAGUUGUUGGCGACAUCAACCCCGUUUUCAAUUUUGAGUACCUGUCGUUCAUCUUCAAUCACUAUGCUGAAGAUGGUUCUGCCUACUCGUGGCUGUUGCGAUUCAAAGACCAGGCCUCUGAGGAGCGUUUCCAGGAGGGCUUGAUGCAGGCUUUGUGGGAACAGCUUAACGAGAUGAAGUGGGAGAAGGUCAAGGAAAAUGACAGAGAAUAUGUUCUUGACGCAUUCCAAGAUCUCACCAUGGAGGAUGCUGAUGACAAGCCUGAAGAAGACGAACCCGAGGAAGAAGAGGAUGAGAGUGAGCAGGAUGAUGGCCAGCGCAGUGAACACUACGACAGUGACGAAGAGGAAGACGACGUCAACGUCCGCGAUGAAGAUGGCAACAAGAAUUCCCAAUUGGCUGUUGGCUACAAGCACGAUCGCUCUUUUGUGGUCCGCGGAUCGAAGAUUGGCGUGUUCAAGCAUACCCCAAACAACAACCUGGAGUUUUCCACGACUAUUUCCAAAGUGGAGACCCCGGGGGGUAAGCUCUUCAGCCCCAAGAAGGUCAUGCUCCACGCUGAGGAUCGCAACCUGAUUCUCCAAAACGGCGAUGAUCCCAACUCCCUGUUCCGGAUGGACUUGGAGUACGGAAAGGUUGUCGAUGAGUGGAAGGUGCACGACGAUAUCCCUGUGGAUACCUUUGCUCCAGAGAACAAAUUUGCUCAAAUGACCGCCGCCCAGACAUUUGUUGGCGCAUCUAAGAAUGCGUUGUUCCGCGUUGAUCCCCGUCUCGCUGGAAACAAACUUGUCGAUUCCGAUCUUAAGCAGUACGCCAGCAAGAACGACUUCUCUGCGGUGGCCACAACUGAGAAGGGCUAUUUGGCUGUGGCUUCCAACAAGGGCGAUAUUCGCAUGUUCGAUCGUCUUGGUAUCAACGCGAAGACUCAUAUUCCUGCUCUUGGUGAGCCGAUCAUCGGUCUGGAUGUGUCCGCCGACGGCCGCUGGGUUCUGGCUACCUGCCGAACUUAUCUUCUCCUGAUCGAUUCGCUCCAGAAGGAAGGGAAGAACGAGGGCAAGCUCGGAUUUGAGAAGUCAUUCGCCAAGGAUGCCAAACCCCAGCCUCGUCGUCUCGGUCUGCAGCCUGCGCACGUCGCCCAGUUCCAGCACGAGACGAAGCAGCCAUUGGCAUUCACGCCCGCUCGUUUCAACACUGGUGUCGAUUCCACGGAGACAUCGAUCAUCACUGCCACGGGUCCUUUCAUCGUUACCUGGAGCCUCAAGAAGAUUAUCGCUGGUCGCAAGGACCCCUACACAAUCAAGCGCUACGCCGAGGAUGUCAUGGCAGACAACUUCCGCUUUGGUUCCGACAAGAACGUGAUCGUCGCCCUCCCCAACGAGGUCAACAUGGUCGCCAAGCGCAGCUUCCAGAAGCCCACUCGCGAGAGCAUCGCAGGGCCUGUUACCCCUAGCCGUGCGAGAAGCGGCAGAUGGAGCAACCGCCUCGGAAAGAACGACAUCGUCAACUCGCCGUAUUAG